AUGGCCGGCAUUUUCUCUCCCGCUUCCACUGUUCGAUCAUCAUACACAGCAUCUCUCUCAUCAGCCUCUUCCUGGUCUCUCUCCAGUGAAAAUCGCCGGCACUCGUUGAGGUCUCCAGGCGUUUUCGUGUCUUUUCCGGAUAGUGUUCCGGCAAUCCGUCGACGAAUUUCCUGUCAGUCCUCCGCGACUUCAGCAACUUCAUUCCCAGUCGGUGAGAAAGAAAAGGCAGGACUGAAUGAUUUCCUACACAUUAGUGAUUUCGACAAAGCCACUAUUUUGAAGAUUUUAGACCGAGCCAGGGAGGUCAAGGCACUGCUAAAAUCAGGAGAGAGGACUUAUCUCCCAUUUAAAGGGAAAACAAUGGCAAUGAUUGUUGCCAAGCCGUCCAUGAGGACAUGGGUGUCAUUUGAGACUGGGUUUUACUUGCUUGGUGGCCAUGUUUUGUACUUGGGACCAGAUGAUAUCCAGAUGGGUAAGCGAGAGGAAACUCAUGAUGUUGCCCAUGUGCUGGCUCGCUACAAUGAUAUCAUUAUGGCUCGAGUCUUUGCUCAUCAGGGAUGCUGUACUAAAAAUAUCGUUGUAAUAACCAUGAGGUUGAGGUUUCAAUCUGAGGGGAUUUCUGAUGCACACGUGUUCAAAGUUGAGCCAGUUCUUGUAAUUGUUCUACUUUUGAUAACUGUUUAUCCUGCAACACCCUUAGGUGACAUCCUGGAUAUGGCUACAUUUGCUACUGUACCUGUGAACAAUGGCUUGACAGACUAUAACCAUCCUCGUCAAAUAAUGGCUGAUGUCCUCACAAUAAUAGAACACAUUGGUUGUCUAUGUUGGAGAUGGAAACAACAUUGUGCACUCUUGGCUACUGAUGGCAGCAGUUAUCCUUUCCAUUUUGUAUGUGCCUGCCCUAAAGGUAUUGAACCUAAUGAGAAGACAGUUCAGAAGUUGCAACAGGCUGGGGUCAGCAAAAUUGAGAUAACUGAUGAUCCAAAAGAAGCUGUUAGAAGAGCUGAUGUCGUGUACUCAGAUGUCGGGCUAGCAUGGGGCAAAAGGAAGAGGCUGCAUAUCGACAUCAAGUGUUUCAAGGAUUUCAGGUACACAGUGGACGAAGAACUUAUGAUGUUAGCAGGACGAAAAGCCUAUUUUAUGCAUUGCUUACCGGCAGAACGAGGUGUACAGGUCACUCACGGUGUUAUUGAAGCUCCAAACUCUAUUGUCUUCCCCAAGCUGAGAACCGCAUACAUGGACAGAAUGCAGUCAUGCUUCAUGCGCUUGGCUUGUGAUUCCACUCCACUUCCCGAGUGGCUCCAUUUCAAAAUCAGCCUCUUUCAACGUUUUUCUUUACAUUUAUAUUUUUUCAUCUUUGGCAUUUCUAGAUCUCUAGCAAUGUAG